GUCUUCGUCUUCAGUCACUUUGACUUCACCGCCUAUUCCGCUACAUUCUGCUACCGAAUGCCUGUUACUAGACGCUCUCAAUCCAAAGCUCCUUUGAAAUCUGACCUCACCGAUGCCGAUACCAAGUCGUCAGCCUCCAGUUCUAUCAUUAUCGAUGACGUUACUGAUAACGACUUUCAACCAUUACCGAAACUCCCCAUUGGAAUGUCAGCCAUGACUCGUCGUUCUAGAGCACUUAAGAGAACUAUUACAGAAAUUGAUUCAAGUGAUGUAGAAAGCAUCAAAGAAGAGGUCACUACUACAACUCAAUCUCUCAUCGUGCCUACAAGCCGUCGCAAAAAGGGCAAGGAAAAGGCAUCGGACUCUCUGACAAUUUCAUCGAGUGGUCCGAUGGAGUCUGAAUAUACACCAGCUACAAGUGUUUCCGAUGACUUUGGAACCAUUAAAGUGGAUUCAGACGACGAUAUCGAUCAAGAGGAAGACAUUGUUCUCAUUGACGAUGAUGAGAGUGAUGAACCAUUUGAGAUUCAGUCUGCCAGUGAACCGAACGUUGACUCUUCAUCUGGUGAAGAAUCCUCCACUCCGCUCAGAGCUCGAACGUCCCGACAAGGUGGUAGACGCCGUAUCUCUACUCGUAGUACACCUAUUGAACCUGCAGAGCUCCAAGCGCUAGAUUCUGAUACUUCUAUGGAAGAAUCGGAUGCACCCCUCCGUGGCCGUACAAGACUCGAAAGUCCAGCACCAGCUGCCAAUGCACGUACACGCAACCGCCGCAACCGUCGACAACGGCCUCCUCGCAAGUCUUGGUUUGCAAGAGUAAAUGAAAAACUCAUGGAGCAUCACCCAGAGCUGAUAACAGUAUGGGAAGAUCUUGAAAACUCAUUCCAAGCUAAACCUAUACCCGUCGAUCAGCCCAAGGAUCUGGUGCUUCCUCUGCUUCCAUUCCAAAAGGAAGGUGUUGGAUGGAUGCGCGACCAAGAAAAGAGCCUUGACUUUAAAGGCGGUAUAUUAGCUGAUGAAAUGGGUAUGGGUAAGACCAUUCAAACCAUUGCAAUGUUGUUGGAAGAACCUCGCCAAAAACCCAACCUCGUUGUAGCCCCAACGGUUGCAUUGAUACAAUGGAAGAGAGAAAUUGAAACGCAUACAAAUGGUGUGCUUAAUGUCUAUCUCUAUCAUGGAGCAAGCCGAUCAAGUGAUAAAGAAUUCCUUAAGGGUUACGAUGUUAUCCUUACUACAUAUUCGAUAUUAGAAAGCGCUUUCCGAAAACAGGAAUACGGCUUCAAGAGAACUCAUCAUCUUGUGAAGGAAGCAUCUCUACUACAUCAAAUACACUGGCAUCGCAUCAUUUUAGACGAGGCCCAUAAUAUUAAGGAUCGAUCGAACAACACCGCUAGAUCUGUGUUCAACUUGCAAUCUGACUACAAGUGGUCGUUGACGGGUACGCCUUUACAAAACCGGGUGGGUGAGCUCUACUCCCUAAUUCGCUUUAUGCAAGCCGAUCCAUUUGGUUACUACUACUGUAAAACCUGUCCAUGCAAACAGUUGACCUGGAAGUUCAGUGACAGAAAGUCGUGCGAUCAUUGUGGACAUAAACCUAUGGACCAUGUCUGUUGGUGGAAUAACGAAAUUCUAAAACCCAUCCAAACGUAUGGAGCAACAGCCGAAGGUCUUAUUGCUUUCAAGAAACUUCGAAAACUAUUGGACAGAAUGAUGCUCCGAAGAACUAAACUUGAACGAGCAGAUGAUCUGGGACUACCGCCUAGAACCGUGGUUGUUCGCAGAGAUCUAUUCAAUGAAGAGGAAGAAGACAUGUAUCAAUCUCUUUAUUCUGACUCAGCUAGAAAGUUCACCACCUAUGUUGAGCAAGGUACUGUGCUUAACAACUAUGCCAACAUCUUUGAGCUCUUGAUGAAAAUGCGACAAUGUUCGAAUCACCCUGACAUGGUAUUGAAACGAUCCAACGCCUCUGAGAAUCAGCAACUUGUAUGCGUCGUCUGCAACGAGCCGCCAGAGGAUGCUAUCAUGUCAAAUUGCAGGCAUAUAUUCUGUCGAGAGUGCUGCACACAGUACCUUGAAAGCUUUGUAGAAGAAGGUGCCUUGCAAAUGCGUACGCCAAAUUGCCCACGCUGCUUUGCGAUAUUGACAGUUGACCUGUCACAGCCAACAAUUGAACUAGACCACGGUGACGAACAAGCAGUGCAUGCAAAAUAUUCCAAAAAUAGCAUCAUCAAUCGCAUUAACAUGGAUAAAUGGCGUAGCUCAACCAAGAUUGAAGCGCUGGUUGAGGAAUUGACUGAGCUACAGAGAGAGGAUAGAUCCAUCAAAAGCAUUGUUUUUUCCCAGUUUGUAAACUUUCUCGACCUUGUCAACUGGCGCCUAUCUCGAGCUGGAUUCGAAUGUGUCAAGUUGGAUGGUACAAUGUCCCCUCAACAACGUGAUGCGGCCAUCAAACAUUUUAUGACCAAUCCCAAUGUGACGGUCUUCCUGAUCAGUUUAAAAGCUGGAGGUGUUGCACUUAAUCUCACAGAAGCAAGUAGGGUAUUUAUUUGCGAUCCAUGGUGGAACCCUGCGGCUGAACUACAAGCAAUGGACCGUAUCCAUAGAUUGGGUCAAUAUCGACCUAUCAAGAUCACCCGACUCAUUAUUGAAAAUAGUAUUGAGAGCAGAAUCGUACAAUUGCAAGAAAAAAAGACCGCGCUGGUAGAAAGCACCAUUGGUAAAGAUGUAGAGGCGCUAUCUAGACUCAGUGAGGAAGAUUUACGAUUCUUGUUCGUUAUGUGAAAAAUCCAAAAUAAAUGGCAUACGCAUUAUGGAAGGUUCUAAACUGC